CAUGCGCAAAGAAGUAAAUCAGACUUGUUUAAUAAUGGCGGUCAUUGUUACGUUGGUGUGUUAAAUUUUUGCAUAUUUCUGUGAAUUUCUAAUUAAUAAUCAAAGUUUAACAAUGUCGUUUAUGCCCCUAUGGCCAAAUCUACAACCAAGGUCAACAGAUCCAUUAUGGUUUAAUGCUGACAGACCCAUUGACGACGAAAGUGAAGUCGCCGCACUCGAGUUGGAACAUCAGCAUUGGCGAGAACAAAUACGAUCUGAGGGCUCUGAAAAUGUUCCAAUUGGCAAAGACGCGAGAGAUUUUCGUGGAUCUGAGGAAGAGGAGGAGGAGGAAGAAGAGGAAGAAGGUGAGGGUGAGGAGGAAGAAGAAUCAGACACUCAUGAAGAAGAGGAAGAGGAAUUAGACGAAAUGGAUAUGGAUGUCAGUUAUUCACAUCAACAACAAAGAUCAAGUCCCACAGAAACUGGCACCGAAACUGUCUCCAUAAGAAUGGCAAAUAAUUUGGAGACAUCGUUGGAUUAAAUAAGGAGGUUCAACGUUUAUAUGAUUCAGAAAUUAGCUGCGUGGUUUGAAAAUGGAUUGAUGAAAAAAAAAAAAAAAAUGCCGAGUUCUCGAAUACCGGAAAAAAGUCUGUUUAUACCAAUGCCGAAACCUAAUACCUAAGUUCAGCAUCCUAACCUGCCUCAAAAGGAAGUUAUGGCACGUACAAGUUAUUAUCUCGUUCGUUCGCAAGAGUUGCUGGUUUCGUCCCAAAAAAAAAAAAAAAUAAAGAGAAAGAAAA